AUGACUGGGAUACAAGGAGUAGUUGGUAUACACCAGCUCCGAUCCAGUUGCUCUACGGGUAUUCAAGCAGCUCUUGGUGAGAGGCUUGUAGCAGGCUCCAUAGUGGUUUGUGCUGGGAGAUAUGUCAUCUCUGAUGCUGCCGAGUGCUCAGAGCUCCGGAGAGCUGUCUCCGGAGACGGUUCAAGGUCGGAGGAGCUUUGA